CUCGGCGUUUUCGAACCAAAAAGGCCGAGGCUCUGUUUGGAGGGGUACUAGACAACAGGAACUUUCCCCAUUCCUUCUUCAAACCCUAGCUCUCCGCUGCCCGCCCCUCACGCCUCUCGCCGUCGCCGUACCGCCGCGCCCAUGGCUAAGACGCGCCCGCCCAAGAGGAUACUCGAGUCCUACACCAUCAAGGGGUCCGACAAAGUCAUCAAGCCUGGGGACUGCGUGCUAAUGAGAUCAGCUGAUACAUCAAAGCCACCAUAUGUGGCAAAAGUUGAGUCCAUCGAGGCAGCAGGGUCUCGAGGCACAAAUGUGAGAGUACGGGUUCGAUGGUACUAUCGUCCAGAAGAAUCGAUUGGUGGGAGGCGACCAUUUCAUGGUUCGAAAGAGGUAUUCCUCUCUGACCACUAUGAUGUACAGAGUGCUGACACAAUAGAGGGAAAAUGCAAUGUCCACAGCUUCCGUAGCUACACAAAGCUUGAUUCUGUCAAUGCCGAGGACUUCUUCUGCCGCUUUGACUACAAAUCAGCAUCUGGCAGUUUUGUGCCCGACCGUAUUGCUGUGUUUUGCAAGUGUGAGAUGCCGUACAAUCCUGAUGACCUUAUGAUCCAAUGUGAGGAAUGCUCCGACUGGUUUCAUCCUUCUUGUAUUGGAAUGACCAUUAAAGAAGCAAAGAAACGAGAACACUUUUUCUGCCAGAGCUGUACCGAUGAAAAUGGGAAGACAACUGAGAAUUCUCAUGAAGCCACGUCACAGUCAGAAGAAAAGCUGUUGGCUUUGGAGCUAUUCGCUGACCAAAUGAAGAACCUCGGCAGUUUGUUCCGUCGCAGCAGCUUCUUGGCCGCACUGAGCCUUGAUCCAGCUAGAGCAGUUUGAGCUCCUCGGUGAUCUUGCCAAUCACAAGCUGUCGGUCACCUUGGCGCCCUGGUUGUUGGCCGGAUGCCGGUCAUAGAACAUCUUACAUCACGUCGUUUUUUUUAAAUGUUGACAAAGUACAAAGCAGGGACCCAAACGGGUCUGAUCCUAGGCAGCGAGGCCAAAGGAAAGAAGAAGCUGAGCGGAAAAGAAGAAAAGAAAAGGGACGCAGAACUGGACGCUGAGGUCGUUGAUGACGCGGGAGUAGUUGCAUGGUCUCGUUAGUGGUGUUUGUUAGAGAUAUAGUUGGUAGUUAGAGAUUGUCCGGGUUAGUAUUUCCAUUUUAACUGUGGAAGAUGUCUUGUCUUUGAAGUUUUGUACUCAAUAUAUAUCCGUAUCAAUAAUACAUUCACCGCAUUAUUAUUGAUACAUUCACCGCAUUACUCCAAUUGAGGUUCAAUAAUACAUUCACUGCAUUACUCCAA